AAAAGUUAGCUGAGAUUGUAAUUUUCCUAUAAAUAAGAAAAAUUUCAAAAAAGAAAAGAAAAAAGGUAAACGGAAAGUUGUAGCGACUUAUAUGAACAGAUUCCCAUUAGCACCAAAACUCUUCCUUUACAGCAGCCAGCAUGUAUGUAAAAACCCCAACUAAACCUUAAAUCACGGCCUUUAACUCAGCACCACCAUCGCCAAUUUGAGAGGAGAACCGGAAACAGCAGACUCAGCAAAACCCUUUUUUUUUUCUUUACUUUGCAUGCUCAAAUACUUGAUCUCUGUUUCUUGUUUCGCGCUUUAGCCAUUCUCGCCCGGAUGGUGGAUUAUACGAGCAGCGACGACGAUUAUUAUGAACAAGAUUACGAUGAUUUUGAUUAUGACUAUGGUGAUUCUGAUCUUAUUAAUGACACACAAUCUGACACUCAGAUGCUGCCUGCUAAAUCUACUCCUCUUCCUCAGGUAAUCACCAAAGAAUCUCUCUUGGCUGCACAGACCCAUGAUAUUUGUAGAGUAAGUGACUUUUUAUCACUGAAAGAGUUUGAAGCACGGAACUUACUUAUAUUUCAUCAAUGGGAUGUCGAUAGGGUGCUUGAACGGUUUAUAGAGAAUGGGAAAGAAAAAUUAUAUGCCGAAGCUGGUGUCGCAAUCACUAACCAUUCCAAUGACUUGUCUCGGCUAUUACCUGUUACUGAAUGCAGUAUUUGCUUUGAUGAUGUAUCUGCUACCGAGAUGACUGCCAUGGACUGUGCUCACUACUUUUGCAACAGCUGUUGGACUCAACAUUUUUCUAUUAAGAUUAAGGAAGGGCAGAGUAGAUGCAUUAGGUGCAUGGAACCUAAGUGCAAUGUUGUCUGUGACGAUGCAAAAAUUAGACAAUUAGUUAAUGCGAGUGAUCCUAAUCUUGCUAAGAAAUUUGAUCGGUUUCUUUUUGAGUCAUAUAUUGAUGACAACAAAAGAGUCAAAUGGUGUCCUAGUGUUCCCCAUUGUGGAAAUGCAAUAAGAGUCGAGGAAGAUGAGCUUUGUGAGGUUGAAUGUGCGUGUGGUAAACAAUUUUGCUUUAGAUGUUUGUCUGACAUACACUCACCUUGCUCGUGUAUAAUUUGGGAAAUGUGGUCCCAGAAAUGCAAAGAUGAAUCAGAGACAGUUCAUUGGAUUACAGUCCAUACAAAGCCUUGCCCAAAAUGCUGCAAGGCAGUAGAAAAGAAUGGGGGAUGCAACCUAGUAUACUGUGUUUGUGGACAAACAUUUUGUUGGCUCUGUGGUGGUGCCACUGGGGCAGCUCAUACUUGGACGAGUAUAGCUAACCACAGCUGUGGUCGAUACAAAGAAGAGCAUUUGAGGAAAAAUGAGCUUGCGAAGAGGCACCUUAAUCGCUAUAUUCACUACCAUACCAGAUACAAGGCACAUAUCGAGUCUUUGAAGCUUGAAUCUGAUCUUAAGCUAUCCGUAGAGAGAAAGAUAUCCACACUGGAAGCGAGGGAAUUCAAAUCUAAAGAUUUCAGUUGGAUAGCGAAUGCAGUACCGUUACUUUCCAGAUCAAGGCAAAUUCUUUCUGUUACCUAUGCAUUUGCAUAUUGCAUGUUCGAUGGUGAGUUGCUCGAGCAUAAGAUGACAGACAAGGAGCACGAAAUUAAAAAGGACUUGUUUGAGAAACAGCAGCAGCAGUUUGAGGGAAACAUUGAGAAACUCUCCUCGUUUCUACUCGAGAAGUUUGAGAAUUUUGAAGAGGAUGCAAUACAAAAUUUAAGAUCAAAGAUCAUCGCUGUUUCUGGGUCAACUGAUAAUCUCUGCCAAAACUUGUAUGAUUGUAUUGAGAAUGAUUUAUUGCCCUCCCUAAAGGGUGACGUUCAUAAGAUAGCUCCGCACAAGUCGACAAAUAUACUCAGAAGCAUCACACCCUCGUAUGAAAGGACACUGGCAUGAAAUGGAUAUUACCAUCAUUUAAAUUUUCCAUCAAAGUAUCAGACGGGUCCGGAUCAACAGGGUGUUGGAAAACUCGAGGAAUAGCUGCCUUACCUGACUUUGAAUUGGUUAUUGCGUGAUGACCAACAUGAGGCCUGAUUGUACCAUUAGAAGUUGAGCUAGUAUGCUCAUGACAAGUAGGAUUAGGCCUUGAAUGAUUGUAAGCAAUUGUAACCACUGAGUGUUUACUAGAAUCAAGUGUAGUAUGGCCUGGAGUGAUAUUAUAUGAGAUAAUUAGCCUACAUACGAGCUUAGGCAUUUUUAAUGAGAAAUUUACGAUUCCAAAUAUC